AUGGAUUCGCUGUCGCCUGCGGUGUUUCUUCAGGCCGGGUCGCAAGCUGCUCCCCGUGCUGCUAAUGGAUCGUCGAUAAGUGUGAUGGAAGAUGAUCGGAUAUCGGAUGCUUUGCUCUUGCUGAAUCAAAACAACUCCGUACCAGCCCACGUUAAACGGAUUUUUGUUUAUCUGCUCGACAACUUGCGAAAGAAGGACUGUGAGCUGGAAAGCUUAGGAAAUCGGAAAAACGAACUUUUGGAUGAGAACCCCUCCCUCAAGAAAGAGAAAUCUUCUCUGAAGCCAAUAUGUCUAAUGUGUGUUGUGAGAGUACUCAUCUAA